CGCGUCCAGAGUUGGACAGGACAAUCCUCUAGUCCACAAUAUGAAAUAAAUUCCGCUCUGUGGAUGAAUGUCGCUAGGUUUUUAUUUGUUAUUUCCCAGAGGUGUCGUUCAUGAGCAUGCGAUGUGUCACGCAGAUGGCAGCAUCUGCUGUCGCACCUGAUGUCAUGACGCUAUUGGUAUUUCCCAUGACAACCGCGUAUCGGGUCCAGUAAAUAUUCAGGUAGGCUGCUGUUUGACACCCCAGACUCUACUGUGUGUACAUCCCAUGCCUGAAUAGAGAAAAAUGACCUUAUGGAUCUGCAGCUAAGUUUAGGAUACAGUUCAGUGGAUGGUUUAAUUUAAACAUGUUUAUUCAAAUAAAGGCCCAACUGAACGGAUAGGGCUAGCUUUGCUAUAGUGAUUGUUAGUGCCCUAGCGGAUUAGUAUCAGUCGAUAAGGCAACUGUCAAGUGCACCAGUCAAAAUAAAAGCAUGAUUUCCGGUCUGGACUUUCAAAAUAAUACCAAAUUAUUUCGUCCUAUUUACUUUGUGCUGUCAACAAAAUUAACGAGAUUAUUAUUAUUAUUAUUAUUAUUAUUAUUAUUGCUCAGUCACAAGUCAACAUUUUAAAAUAUUUUGCUAAAAACAUUAAAAAGCUUAUGGAACUUACACAUAUCCUAAUGUCUCAAAGAAGGCAGUCACCUGUAUAAUAAGGAAGGUAAUAAAACAUCUUGUAACUUUGAUUAUGUUUGUGAAAUUUUGGAAGCUAAACUAUGCUGUUGAGCUUACCGAUUUCUGCUCUUGUUCACGGAGGUAGAUGUAUAUCAAAGGGAAAAUAAAGAAGAUCAUUUCAGUAAAUAAGAUUUAAAUGGAUUGAAAUAUGUCAUUCAAAUUUAGUAAACUAAAUCUAUGAAAAAGCUAUUUACUCUUUAAGCUGGGAUCAAAAGGUGCAAUGAAGGUAAGCUGCUAAUGAGAGCUGCCAAGCAGGGAGAGAAAGAGAGAAACUUAAAAAUUGCUACAUGAAAUUUAAAUCACAUGGUCAAUGUUUCUGAAGCUAAAUUUAAAUUGAAGGAGAUCUAAUGAGUGUGUAACUCACUCCAUUCCUCGCUAUCAGGAAACUUUAACCUCUGUUUCCGUUAGGAGCCACCAUGCCUAUCACACUGCUGUGGGCCGUGGAUGUGUAUGGAAGAGUGUACAGCCUCUCCACAGCUGGCCAGCGCUGGGUCCGCGCUGACGACCUGCUGCUGGAGCUGAAGCGCGUCACUGCAGGCAAGGGACGCUGCUGGGGCAUCGGGUGCGAUCACCACAUCUAUCUGAACAUAAUGCCCAGUGAGACUUCCAUCCGCUACCGGGAGGAGACCUAUGAGAACCAGAGAUGGAACCCAGUGGACGGCUUCACUGACGUCCUACUGCCCACCGACCGCUGGCCCUGGAGCGACGUCACCGGGAUGAAUCCACAGCCACUCCACAGCUUCCAGCUGCCGUCCCGCAGCUGGGAUUGGGAAGGCGACUGGUAUGUGGAUCAGAGCUGUGGAGAACCCAGCCAGACUGGGGGCUGGGAGUACGCUGUGGAUUUUCCAGCCAACUUCUCACCAGACAAGAAGUGGAACUCCUGCGUCCGCCGUAGACGAUGGAUUCGUUACAGAAGAUACACAGCACAAGGCACAUGGGCAAAGAUCCCUUUGGAUAACCCUAAGAAGCCCCCGCUGCCACUCUGUGACAUCUGCUGUGGUGGCUGGGAGAUGAGUGACCAGUCAGGGAGGUACCCAUACCUCUGGGGCGUGUCACAGCAAGGGCAGGUGUGGUUCAGGGAGGGAAUCCACCCCCGAGUGCCGGAGGGCACCAGCUGGGAGGAGGUGGAGGUGCCCAAAGAAGUGGCUCAGUUAUCAGCCGGCCCUGGGGAUCUUCUGUGGGUUUUACUGUGGGAUGGAAACCUGUUGGUUCGUACAGGCCUCAGUCUGGACAGCCCAACAGGUACCUCCUGGUUGGAAGUGGAGUCACCCUCAAAGGAGGUGGAGGCUCUUCACGUGGCCGUCGGAGUCAGCGUUGUGUGGGUGGUCACAAAGGACUAUAAGGUGUGGUUCAGGCGUGGCGUAAACUCCCACAACCCCUGUGGAUCUGGCUGGAUCAGCAUCGGAGGGGAGAUGAUGAUGGUGGACGUGGGACUCAAUGACCAGGUUUGGGCCGUUGGUGAGGAUCGUGGGUUGUAUUUUAGGAUGGGUGUGACCCAGGCUGAGCCGAGUGGAAAUGGCUGGAUCCCUGUUUCUGCCCAGUGGGGCACCAGUAAAGAGCUCAUUCCACCCAGGGAUGAGUGUGAGUUUAGUGGCCACCUGACUGAGACUUCACAAGGCUCUGCACCAAGUGGCACUGAUUCGGACUCAGAAUUGGGUCCGACUAACUCAGAGCACAGCGCUACUCCUAUACUGGAAGCAGCAGCUCCCUCUAUCGUCCCAUUGGGGGGCGACGACACAUCUGCACGUCCUCAGGAGGUAAAAGAGCCGUCCUCAGCCUCUCAGCAAGAUGCUCCAAAAGCAUUCAUCCCAGCCAGCGACAGCUUCAUCAACAGCCUGGUGUCGGACCGCGACAGAAUCUCCACAACGCAGCCGUCCAUCACCGAGAUGUCGCAGGAAAACGGCGUGGAGAUGCCUCCAGCUCCAGUGCUUCCCACCCUUCCAGCCACUGGGCACGACAUCCCCUUUAUGAACGUGGACCUAGAAGGGGCGGGGGCGGCUCGGAGCGCACAAGCAGCAGGGCGUUCACUGAGCGACGUCCUGGGAACCCUGGAGAACUCGCAGGGCAUCGGGGAAGAGGAUGGACCCGUGUGGGCUUGGGUGUCCGGUGGAGGAUGCGACGUGGAUGCAAGUUCACGGAUCAGCUGGCUCAGUUCCACAGGUCCUCUCAAUAGUUCCCUGUCUCUGACUCCGGUGCAAUCAGCAGCCUGGAGCGAGCAGCCUCAAAAGCAGCAACAUCAAGAGAUCACUAGGAAACCUUUGGAGAGAAGCAACUCGGUGUGGGUGCGUAAAGGGCCAUUGCGCUGGUGGAGAGACUGGAAGCCACAGCGCUGGGUGGAUGUAGGUGUUGCUCUUGAGCAAUCCACCAAGUCAGAUGGGAAGAAGGACAGCAUCUUCUUUGUCUAUUACACCCAGUAUGAUGAGAAAAAGUACCUUCAGGUGUUCAUAAACGAAGUGACGGCGCUGGUACCGGUUCUGCAAGACUGCCACUACACCUUUGCCGUGUACACAGCCGAAAGAACUAAACAAAGAUGGCCACUGAUACUGGCAGCGCCAUCAGAGAAGGAAAUGAAUGACUGGCUGGACCUGUUGUCAGACUGUUGCUGUGAGUGGCGAGGGAUUGCUGGGGCUCCGACCAGACAGGCGCUGUGGUCCACCACCUCCAAGGGAGACAUCAUGGUACACGAGCCGCCCCUAACUUUGGAGGCUGCAGCUCACCCUAUGGCCUGCGACCUUAUGUUUUGGCGCCAGAUCCCAGGCCACCUGCGCUGCGUAGAGUCUAACAGUCUGGGGCUGGUAUGGGGCAUCGGGUGGGACGGCGCUGCCUGGGUCUACAGCGGGAGCUUUGGGCGACAGCCCAGCUCGGUCAACCCUGAGAUUCACUUACAGACUGAUGUCAGGAGUGUACAUGUGUAUGAGAAUCAGCGAUGGAACCCAAUGACUGGUUACACUGACAAAGGGCUUCCUACCGAUCGCCCCAUGUGGAGUGACGAGAGCGGCCUAAAGGAAUGCACCAAAGGCAGCACACACCCUCCGACCCCUCAGUGGUCCUGGGUGUCGGAGUGGGCUGUGGAUUUCAGCGUUCCUGGAGGAACAGACAAAGAAGGCUGGCAGUACGCUGCAGACUUUCCCACGACAUUUCACGGCCACAAAACCAUGAAGGACUUUGUGAGGCGCCGAAGAUGGACGAGGAGGUGCAAGAUAACGGUGAGAGGUCCGUGGAAGAUGGUGCCACCGAUCCAUCUCAGCGACAUCUCUCUGAUGCCGUGUCUGGCCCAGAGCAAAAUGGAGCAGGUCCCUGUGUGGGCCCUCAGUGACAAAGGAGACGUCCUGUGUCGGCUGGGCGUGAGUCCCCAGAACCCCGCGGGUAGCUCCUGGCUCCAUGUAGGCACAGAUCAGCCAUUUAAGUCUAUCUCCAUUGGAGGAGCCAAUCAGGUGUGGGCCAUCGCGAGGGACGGAGCUGUGUUCUACAGAGGAUCCGUGUCUCCUCAAAACCCUGCAGGAGAAUGCUGGUACCACAUCCCCUCUCCUCCGAGGCAGAACCUCAGACAGCUCUCCGUCGGUCGGACUUCUGUGUUUGCCGUCGACGACAACGGUAACCUGUGGUACAGACAGGGCCUGACGCCCAGCUACCCUCAGGGCUCUGCGUGGGAGCUCAUCUCUAACAACGUCACCAAGGUGUCUGUGGGACCGCUGGACCAGGUUUGGAUCAUCGCAGACGGAGUUCCAGGCUUUCCUACUGAGACUCCUGGAUCCGUCUGCCACAGACUGGGUGUGGGGCCCAUGGCACCCAAGGGUCUGUCCUGGGACUACGGCAUAGGGGGAGGAUGGGAGCAUAUCAGUGUGAGGGGAAACUCCACGGAGCCUCUUCGGGGGCCCGUCCCUCCUCCUGGGGGCCCUUCUCGUAGCCCCGCCCUCCAGCGACCUGCGGCUCAAGUGAACGGGAGCGCCGUGUGUGUGUAGCCCCUCCACAGCCCCCCGCCCUCUUUGUGCCUGGCAAUCCGUUUGUUUCCCCGGACCUAUUCUUCAUUCCUUUCACGUAAAGGGACUGCACAAUCAUAACAGACUUUUUGACUAAGCAUUUCGGUCGGAUUUGUUCGAUGGAUGAAUGUUACAGCAGGGUUGAUUUGCACAAGAAUAAAUAUUUCAGUAUUCAGUGAAGAUGGAGGAAAGUAAGCUACAAAAAAAAAAAUUAUAUGGCUCUCUUGAUGUCUAAGACUUUUUUUUUUUCAAACCAAACAAAGGCAAAUGCAUGUUGAUCCUACCACUGGAUUGAAGCAAUAGCUUGUAUGCAUAUUUACAGCUUCCUGUGAAAACCUAAGAGGGUGAGAUUUUAUUUAAGGGCUAUGCUUUGGUUUUUAACGAACGUCAGUGUAACUUGGUUUUUAGUUUUACUCUCAUUUUGAUUGACGUACUCGUCAAAACUCUGUAUGCAUUUCAUUUUAAAUUAUUUACUAUGCAUUGUUGGAAUUUGUUUCCUUUAUCUUGUCCGGCUGUUUGUGGUUGCAGUGCUUACAGACAACGGUUUUUUUACUAUACAGAUUGAAACAUCUCAGUCUUUACCAUCAGAGAAUAUCUCUCCACCCUUUUGCAAUAAGUACAUGUUCCUGUUAAUACACACAAAUUCAUAAAACACCAACCACCGUGACUGUUAACACCACAGCGACUGUUGGCGUCAUCAUGAUGUUAUAAAAGGUAUUGAAAUGUGAAAUAAAGACUUAAAGUACUGUUCUAUCA